AUGUUUUGCGUGAGUCAUACUCGCUUAAGUAACUGCGUUAUUAAUAUUCCCAGCAAAAUUGGAAAGUACGAAGUAGUUAAAAUCAUUGGUAAAGGUGGGUUCGCUGUGGUUGUUUUGGCCAAAGAUCAAAAAACUAAUAAACAAGUUGCAAUUAAAAUUGUUAGCCGAGAAGAAUUAAUGAAGCAGAACAUAAUGGUUUACUUUGAAAACGAACUUCGACUUAGUUCCAGGUUUAAUCAUCCAUCAAUUGUUUCAGUUUACGAGGUUAUUUACGAAAAGGAUGCAAUUAUGAUUGUUAUGGAAUAUCUUUCAAAUGGCGACAUGCAUUCAAUUUUAUCAAAGGGUAUAAAGUUUAAUUAUGAAGAACAAAUAAAAGUCGCCUCUCAAAUGUUAGAAGGCUUACGAUAUUUGCAUCAGAGGGGAAUAUGCCAUAGAGAUAUUAAAACAGAAAACAUACUAUUUGAUGAGAACAUGAAUGCAAAACUAAUAGAUUUUGGUCUUUCGAAAGAAAAUUCAUCUGCUUUACAUACUUAUUGCGGAACUCCAUUUUAUAUGGCUCCAGAAGUCAUCUUAUUUGAUACAUAUGACGGGAAAAAAGCCGAUAUUUGGGCAUUUGGCGUGGUCAUGCACAUCAUUGCAACUGGACAUUUUCCAUGGGCGCAAAAAUCAGAAGUGCAACUUAUCAAAGAACUAAAAUCUAUGUCAUUAGACUUGUACAUUGAACCCGCUGGGACAAUAGGAAAUGUUAUAAAAAAUUCAUUGGUAUUUGAUUACAACGAAAGAGCUUCAGCUGAUGAUUUGUUACAAAUCAUAACCAAGGAUAUCAAUCAUAAAGCUGGAAUGUCCAAGAUAUCAUAUCAAGCAAAAAAGAAUUAUGAUGCUAUCCUUCCAAAGUUGACGAUUAGAAAUUCAACAUCAUCGUUCGCAAAGAUUAGACGUUACAAUGAAAACAUUACGCUCAAAUAUUGA